UUCCUUUCAAUUUACAGCAUUUCUCCACCAAACAUCACCGCAAUGGCUUACCGAGCACUCGCUUAUCGAUCCCGUGUCGUGCGUUUUCCGAGUCUCAGUAUUCGUGUGGUGGGACCAAUGUCCUCCUUCGGGCACGUCACCCUACAUCCUCCACCACCGCCUUUACGAUUCAAUGGACAGAAUACCCCACUUGUUACUGUCUCGCCGUUCUCAACGACGGCCUCGCGCGGUCGGGGCGGUUUAAACAUGGAAGAAGCGGAAGAGCGUUAUGCUUUUGACUCUGAAAAUGAAGCACAACUCUCGCGCAUGCAAGAAGUGGAAGAGAGCCAUGCUUUUGACUCUGAAAAUGAAGCACAACUCUCGCGCAUGCAAGAAGUGGAAGAGAGCCAUGCUUUUGACUCUGAAAAUGAAGCACAACUCUCGCGCAUGCAAGAAGUGGAAGAGAGCCAUGCUUUUGACUCUGAAAAUGAAGCACAAUGGCACAUGCAAGUGGAAGAGUGCCAUACUUUUGAACUUGAAAUUGAAGAACGAUCCUCGUACACGCAAGUGAAAGAGAGCCAUGCUUUUGACUCUGAAAAUGAAGCACAAUUCUUCCAGUAUGGGAGCGACCAAAGGGCUGAACCCGCGAAACCUGCCUCCGGUCGUAAGUGGACUCGAUUCAAACGGGGGCGGAAGGGAUCUGGUUCGGAUCACUCUAGGGGAAUCGACCCCAAUGAUACUACCGAAUACCCAGCCACUUCAGAGCUUGCCCAUAAAAUCAUGAGAGAGACUUGGGGAUUCAACGAGUUCCGUUCGCAACAGGAGAAAGUUAUUUCCAGAUUGAUCCAUGGAGGGAGCGCAGUCAUCGUUUUCCCCACAGGUGGCGGUAAGAGUUUAGCUUUCCAAAUUCCUGCUUUGGCUCUCGACGAGCAUGACGAGAGCAUGGGCCAAGAAAAGGGAGGCAUCUCGAUUGUUGUCAGCCCUUUGAUUGCUCUAAUAAAGGAUCAAGUCGAGGCUCUCCAAAAAAGAGGUGUUAAAGCUGCGGCCAUUGAUUCUACGCAGACACGUGAAUCUAUCCUUAAUACCUAUGAUCUUUUGAGGAAGGGAGAAUUGAAGUUACUUUAUUGCGCGCCUGAACGUCUCAACAACGAAGCUUUUGUUGAAAUGGUUAGGCGCACUCGUGUUCGCUUGAUAGCCGUUGACGAAGCCCAUUGCAUUUCUGAGUGGGGACAAGCAUUUAGGCCUGACUAUCUCAAGGUUGCUCGGUUUGUCAAGGAAAUGAAUGCAGAGAGAGUUCUGUGUCUCACGGCUACCGCUACGCCAAAAGUUUGCAAGGAUAUCUUGAAAGCCUUCGGUGUUCCGGAGAGUGGGCUGUUCAAAAACCCUACCUAUAGAGAGAAUCUUUCACUUCUGGCAGAGCACUUUGAGACAAUUGAGGGCAAAUUAGCUAAGCUAUCUGAUUUCUUGUACUCGAAUCCUGGAUCAUCUAUCGUCUAUGUCACCACUCAGAAGCAAGCCGAAGUAGUAGCCCAGGCCUUGACUGUGGCUGGGGUGGAGGCAAUGCAUUAUCAUGCUGGUAUGACCAAAGAUGAAAGAUCAUAUGCUCAAGACGAAUUUAUGAACCGGAACGAUUUAACGAUUGUUGCCACGAUUGCUUUUGGUAUGGGCAUUGAUAAGCCCGAUAUCAGGAAUAUUGUCCAUUACGACUUCCCGCGUAGCUUAGAGGGCUACAGUCAAGAAAUUGGACGCGCCGGCCGUGACGGCAACGAGAGCAAGUGUAUGCUCUAUCUCUGCGGAGAGGACUGGGUCCAACGUGAAUUUUUUUGCCGCCUGGAUCUGCCAAGCAAAAAGAGUGUUAACAACCUUCUAAGGGAGCUGUUCGCAUCGAAUGAGGGGGUUGAGGUCGGUGAUGUCAUAGAGACGGAUAUCAAUCUGCAAAGCAGGAAUCAUGAUAUCAAAAUAAACGCUCUUAACCUUCUCUAUUCCCAACUUGAGCUUCGCUUUGAGCUUUUGCGGGCCAUCACACCAAAGUACUCGACAUACAGGUUUGUGCAGUCCGAUGGUUUUGCGAGUUUUACCGCUACCGACGAUCCCAUCACAAAAGUUUUGCUAGAGAGCAUGCAAAAGAAAAUUAAACGAAAAUCAAUGAUGAGAUCCGUGGAUAUUGAUCAACUCAGCCAGGAGCAUGGAUUCAAGCGCGAGGAACUAGUCUAUAGAAUGCAGAGCUUUUCGGCCCAGGGGCUGAUAGAAUUAAAUCCUGGCAGGGUUCACCAACGCUAUCGUAUUCUCAAACCAUUCCCAAAGGAUGAAGCAGAUAUCCAAGAAUUGAUCGACAAAGCUUAUGAGCAGAUGGAGCAACGCGAGAUGGAUGAUCUCAGGCGCAGCAAAAAUGUGAUUGAGCUCAUUACCAGUCCUGGAUGUAUCGCGCAGGGCCUAGCAAAAUAUUUUGGUGAUGAGAACUCAGUUAAAUCGGAGGGCUGCGGGAAAUGCCAGUUCUGUAACACAAGGGAGCCGCUUACAUUCUCAAAACCUAUAAUUAAGAAGUCCCCAGUUGAUCCCUACCGUCUCGAAGAGGUCCUAAAAGGCUGUAGGGUGCGGGACGACCCUAGGCUAUUGGCAAAGGUCGCAUUCGGCAUAUCAAGCCCCCGAAUCCGCAUGGAGAGAAUCGGUGAAAGGAACCCCAUAUUUGGGAGUAUGGUUGAUUGCGACUUUGACGAAUUAAUGAAUGAAUUUGCCAAACAUUGUACAUUAGAGGAGUAG